AUGGAUGUGAGGUGCAGCCUUGCAGGAAAGUCGACUCCCCAAGAUGAUUAUGUGAAGAAACUGAGAACUCGCUCGGUUCAGAAUCUUUCUGCACAAGAUAGCCGACCACUUCCUGUGGGAUAUACAGCGACUCCACAUCCUGACAGUUCUGCAACCCAGGGCAACUUCAUUUCCUUACAAACUCCACAGCAGGUUCCUUCAGAGCAAAUUUUGUAUCACUGUUCUGAAUGUGUCACCAAUUUCAGUGAUCGGGAAAAGCUGAAAACACACCAGCGAAUUCACACGGGAGAGAAUCCGUUUCACUGUGCUGAUUGUGGGAAGAGUUUUAAUGAGAAAUGUAAACUUCCGUUACACCAGCAAAUUCACACAGGAGAGAAACCAUUUGUGUGUUCUGACUGUGGAAGGAGUUUUAAACAGAAACGUAGACUGCAAACACACCAGUUAACUCACACAGGAGAGAAGCCGUAUGUGUGUCCAGUAUGUGGGAAGAGUUUCAAUCGGAAAGACAGCCUCAGAACACACCACAUAAAAAUCCACAUGGGAGAGAAACCAUACGAGUGUCCUGACUGUGGGAGGCAUUUUAAUCACAAAUGUAACCUUCAAAGACACCAGCGAAUUCACAGAGGAGAGAAACCGUUUCACUGUGCUGAUUGUGGGAGGUGUUUUAAUCACAAACGUAACCUUCACAGACACAAGCGAAUUCACACAGGAGAGAAACCGUUUCACUGUGCUGAUUGUGGGAGGAGUUUUAAUCAGAAAAUUGACCUUCAAAGACACCAGCUAACUCACAGUACAGAUAAACUGUUUCAAUGUGCUGAUUGUGGGAAAGGUUUUAAUCGUAAACAUAGACUUAAAGCACACCAGCGAAUUCACACGGGAGAGAAACCGUUUCACUGUGCUGAUUGUGGGAAUAGUUUUAAUCAGAAAUGUAAAUUUCAGUUACACCAGCGAAUUCACACGGGAGAGAAACCAUUUGUGUGUUCUGACUGUGGGAAGAGUUUUAAACAGAAACGUAGACUGCAAACUCACCAGCGAAUUCACACAGGAGAGAAACCGUAUGAGUGUCCAGUAUGUGGGAAGAGUUUGAGUCGGAAGGACAACCUCAGAACACACCUCAUAACCCACACGGGAGAGAAACCUUUUGAGUGUAGUGAGUGUGGGAAGAGAUUUGCAGAGUCAAAAAAACUAAAGAAACACAGUCUAGUUCACAGAGAUGUUGUCAGGUAGGACACUUACAAAAAAAAAAAAAUUCAGUUUUCUUAAUGAAAGCAUCUCAAUCACACCAGAAUACCAAAGCAGACCCUGCGUCUCUCUCGUCGGUUUCAAAUGCAGAGAGCUGUGAAAAUAAAUGAAUUCAACUCAAAAAACCCCAAGCCUGCUGUGUAUGCAAAUGAUUGUAGCCCUGUUUCCUACAGCAGUGCUUCUGAAACUGGGGAGGCACAGAAUGUAUCCUGGGGGGGUUGAGAAAGCUCAGGCAAACAUGUAGAAAUGACCGCGCACAUCUUAACCUGUAUAUAUAUUAAAACAAAUGCUACUGCUGACACCUCCUGCCACACGAAGUACCGCAGACGAGAGGAAGGGUCAGGGUGUCAGCUUCAACAACAUUACUGGGGAGUGGCUUCCAGACCCUCACAAUUCUCUGUGUAAAAAAAGUGCCUCCUAUUUUAUUCUCAAUUUAAGGGUCCAUAUUUCCAAUGACAGAUGUUAGAACAUUAGUAGCUACACCACAACCCUGCAGUUUUGCAAUUACAGACGCACACAUUUUUUGGGCGAGAUAGGGCAGCAGUGUGGAGUAGUGGUUAGGGCUCUGGACUCUUGACCGGAGGGUCGUAGGUUCAAUCCCAGGUGGGGGACGCUGCUGCUGUACCCUUGAGCAAGGUACUUUACCUAGAUUUCUCCAGUAAAAACCCAACUGUAUCAAUGGGUAAUUGUAUGUAAAAAUAACGUGAUAUCUUGUAACAAUUGUAAGUUGCCCUGGAUAAGGGCGUCGGCUAAGAAAUAAAUAAUAAUAAUAAUCUUUGUCACAUAGCAGCUUUGUGAAGUUCCCGGUGAUUCUAAAGAAAAAUCAUUCAAGCCACUUUGCUGGUCAGAGAUACUUCCAUCUCUCAUUGGAAAUAUGGAGGAACUUGUGCAUGAAUUGCAUUCAGAUAUAAAAGAUGAUGUAAUGGGCUUCGUAUCUUCUCACCACACCAUUAGAUCUAAGAUGGAGAAAAGCCUCGACAGCUUUGAAAAUCCAUUUACAAACUUUAAUACUGAAGCUAAAUGGAAAAAAACAUUUCAGUGAAUAAUGGGGUGUAUUUGUAUUUUGAUUUUAAGUUCUAUAGUUUUGGAAUUGAAAUAAGUAUCGUGGCACUUUGAGGGCUGGUUAUGCAAUGGGAAUUUCUAUAAAUAUGGAGAUAUAAAGGAAGAUGUAAAUAUCACUCCUUCCACAGAAGGUGCAGGUUUGUCACUGCUUCCAUUGAAUUGAGGAGAUUUAGAAAUCGCAACCAAAAGUGUGUUCACAAAGAACACCCAAAAUAUGAGAUCGAAAGGCAACCAAACCACUCACCGUGGACACAAACUUUUUGCUGUGAUGUCAAAAUCUCCCGAGUUAAAGUGAAACAGUAACACAAUGUCAUGUUCUGGAGUUAAAUGCAUUUGUGUGAAUUACAAGUUGGGCUACAGAAAUAGUACAAAAUAACCCAGGAUGGCAGUGAGGACAUUUUGAUUUGUAAAAUGAUAUUCAAGUGUACUUUUUUUUCUUCCUUUACCAGCAGUUAUUCUUGUGGAUGAACACUGUUGUCUAAAAGUAACUGACAUCCAAAAAUUAUAAACUGUACUUGGUGUCCAAAAGAUGUAUUUUGUGAAAUAAAUGCUUUGAUUUAAUA